AUGCCGGUCUACGGGUUGAAUUGUUUCUCACUUAUGAAGUAUGACACCGUAGUAUUCUCUAGAAGCGCCGUAGAUCUACUAGAAGAGCGCUUACUGAAACAGCUUCAUAGAGCAGGCCCUCUAAACAAAAAAUACAGAUAUAUGGACUACAAAGAGCGGAUACUGAACGAAGGCGAAGGAGAAGACGAUCCCGAACAGCCUCCUAUAGUUUAA